ACCUUCGUCACACAUUUUCCCGCGGAUUUCAUUACGAUCGUGUGGUGCUGCUAAGUGUAGUCGAAGUUAAUUUCUAUCGUAUAAAUUGAUUAUUUUUUUAUCAAUGUUCCUUCGAAAUAUAUUUAUUUCGUUUGUGUAACAACAUAUUGUCCAUACAACCGACUAAAUUAUUCGUGUUUGCUCUAUAUUUAAAGAAAUAAAAGAUGGAUAUUUCAUUGGAGGAUGAUGAUUGUGCAGUAGAAGCAGUUAUACCUGCAAAGAAAAAGAAAAUGAAACAAGCACAACUGCCAUUUCAAAUAUCAAGUUCCUCUAAAUCACCAGAUAGUACAAACAAUAUGUCUAACAAGAAGAAGAGAAAAGUAAUAUCGCCAAUGGGAUCUAAAAAUUCUAAAAUAAUAAAACUUACAAUAAAAGAAAAUUCUGUCCCAAAUGUUUUUGAAGAUGAAAGAGAAAACAUAGAAGAGAAAAAACUAAAUAGUAGUGAUGAGAUUGAAAUAAUAAUACCAGAUGAAGAGAAAAAAAACUUGGAACAGAGUGAUCAAAAUGAAAAAAAAGUAGAAAGUGACACCACACCUAAAAAGAAUUUAGGAAUGAAUAAAAAAUUGAAUAGAUCUCAACAAAGACCUGGUGCCUUAACCAAAUUUCUUAAAAAGCUAGACAAGGAAACAGAAAAUGAUUUACAUGAAUUGAAAGAUAAACAAAAUUGCCAAGAUAUCUUUGUACAUAAAGAUGAAAAUGAAAUCUGUUUGAAUGAAAGUUCAAUCACACAAACAAAUGUUUCAUUGGAAAAUUCACCUCAAGAAAACAAACAAUUAAAAGAUGUCAAGCUUGUUAAUGAAAGCACAGAUUCUCUCUGUCAGAAAUCAGACUGUGAUGUUACUAUUUUAUCUUCGGAUGAAGAUCUAAGCGAAUUAGACAAAUCAACAUUAAGUGGAAAUGAAGUGGAAAUAAUAACUAGCAAAUCAGUAACUCCUGUCACUCCAAAAACCAACAAAGUUGCAAACAAGAAAACUAUAAAGCUAACACCAAAACAAUUAGAAAAAAGAGAAGAAAUUGCUAGAAGAAAAGAAGAAAAAUUAAGAUUAAAGAAGGAAAAAGAUAAGAAGCGGGAGGAAGAAAAAGAACAGAAAAAAAAAGAAAAAGAAUUGAAGGAGCUUAAGAAACAAAUGGAAAUUGAACAAAAACAAAAAGAAAAGGAAGCAAAAGAAGAAGAACGGAGAAAACGAGAAGAAGCUAAGGAAGAAGAGAAAAGAAGGAAAGAAGAGGAAAAGUUGGAAGCUGAACGCAAAAAGCAAAAGGCAGCUUCAAAUUUUGCUAGUUUUUUUGUUUCUAAGAAACAAGAAAUUAAAUUGGAGGAAGAGAGUGUUAUUGAAGUAAAAAAUUUUAUGCCUUUUGAAAUAAAGGCUGAUAUGAGAAUUGCGCCAGUCUGUCGAAGAAAAUUGACUGAAGAAGAAAAAUCGUUAUUAGAUAGAAAGUGCAACUUAGACGUACAAAAGUCUGAACUAUAUCUCGAAGAUAUUAAAAAAGGAAGGAUUAUACCUUGUACUUCCUCUAAAACGUGGCCACUCGAAGCGAAGGAUGAAGAUAUCAUUAUAUUAGACGAAGACAAUGAUGGCAGCUCCAACAUAAUAAACAACACGCAUAAAUUGGAAAAGCAUCGAGCGAAAUUGUUGCAGUUCAGCGAAAAUCGCCGUCCUCCAUAUUGGGGUACAUGGCGAAAACGAAGUAGUGUUCUAAAUUCUCGGCGACCGUUUGCAAAAGAGAAGAAUCUGUUUGAUUAUGAAAUUGAUUCCGACGAUGAAUGGGAAGAAGAAGAACCUGGCGAGUCUCUGAAAGGAUCUGACGAUGAGAAGGAUGAAGAAAAUCCGGAAGAAAACGAAUACGAUGUCGACAAUGAGUUUAUGGUGCCUCACGGAUACUUGUCCGAUGGUGAAGCUCAGGCUGACGAGGAAGAAAUGGAAGAUAUGUCGCCACAAACACAGAAGAUGAAAUUAAAGAUAUUAGGGGAACAAUUCGAAGCCGAAAGAAAUAUAAAGACACACAAACUUAAACCGAAAAUAAUUGGAUGCAUCUGGCAAGGAUCCGACAAUUCUUUCCCGGAAUUUGUCUCAGUGAAAAUAAAAGAGUUUUUAUUGGCACGACAAGCUUGGAUCAACAAUAUACCGAUAGUAUUUCCAUCAUCGACAUCUGAGGAAGACAUCUCGGCUGGAACGGAAUGCAAAACACCGACUCAACAAUCUGUGAGAGGUCCAAAGAAAACAAAGUUUCCCGAUGAAGCUUUGCCCGAUUUAAUCCGAUUGUUGCACGGAAAUACAAACGGCAGGCGUUUUCUCAUGAAAGAAUUUAUGACAUUCUGGAGCAAAAAUGGCGGAAGUCAGCUUUCGAAAGUUAGCGUGUUAUCAAAGAUCAAUGAAAUUGCUAAUAGGAUUGCGUGUCCUGAAGAAGGACCGAUGCAUCUUAAAUCUUGUUGGUAUGUUUCCGAAGACAUCCGGAAGCAGUAUCUUCCUGAUAACAAGUUGUCAUUGCCGAAUAGUUGGACAUAUAUCUUAACGCCGAAUCGAAAAGGCGAUACGCAAGACGUUACAAUCGACAAGACUGAAAAAGAGGAGAAAGAAAAGAAACAUAUACCACUCAUUACUCAAUUUACUAAGAAAAUCACGCAAGAGGAAAUGAAAAAACAAUUGACAAAACCUGAGCAGGAAGAAAUGAAAAAACAAUUGUUAGUGAAACCCGACCAAAUUCCAGUCUUGUCAAAAUUACCUCCACUACAAAGACCACCUAAACGAGCGAUUCUACUCUCUGUCGGUAGAGGAGAACAAUUUCCGGAAAAAUCUCGGGAGAAUAUGUUAGCUAAAUUUAUCGGUCUCAAUAAAAGAAAAGAGGAGAAAGCAUCGAGUAGCGAAAAAAUGAUUAUCGACUCAGAUGAUGUCUUAUUCGCGAAAAAUAUUGACACGCGCGAACAAGAUGAAUCGAAAGAGUGAUAAAAGCGGAUCUAAAAGAUUUGAAGCGCAUUGAUGAUUAUCAUCGAUUAUUGCGUAGAAAAUAGAUAAUCGAUUUGGAAAAUAAAAUGUAAAUAACAAGGAUGACAAAUAAUUAUAUAAUUAGUCACAAACAAAAAAUUUUGCUAAUGUGAGUGAUAACUUUUUCGAUUAAAAGUAAUGUGAAAAAAAUAAAAAAGAGAACGCAUCUAUAGACAUCUAGGCUUCUACAGACACAUUUCAUUUAUUAUUCUAUUUGAAAAAAAAAAAUUUAUUUACUCGAUCAUCAAUAUAUUAAUAAUAUACUCAAUUUAUGAACUAAUACUUCACAUGUACAAAGCUUUAAAGAAUUAUUUUUUAACACAACAUUAUAUGACUGGAGUAUCACGUGAUUGGAAACAGUAUAUGUUUUCGAUAUAAACUUACAUAUUACUUUAGAAUAAUUAUGAUGUUUUACAGAUAUAUAAAGUUUUAUUCAUCUGACUAUCUAGUUACUUAAAUAUUUUUUGACAAAAUUUAGUUUUCUUCAAGAACAGUCAUCAAUUAUGGAAAAAAUCGUUCAUAAAAAAGUUGUCAUAUUAUAUUUAUAAGCUUUAACUGAUGUUAAGAGAGAGAUUUAAUUUUACUACUUGUUUCUAUUUAAGUUUCAUGUGGUAUAGCUCGUCUCCUUCUUAGAAAUAAUAGAUUAUAUUAAUUCGCGCGAAACUGCCAGAUAAUCAUGUGGGUGCAACAAUUUGCCCAUAUAAAACUUCCGUGCCUUCACUCUAUGUGAUAUAAGAUUUUUUAUAAUUAGAUCUAUUAUGU